AAUGUGCGUGGACUUUUCCAGAGGCACUCGGUUCACACUUAUAACCAGUUGGCAUAGACUUGAAGAUUAAACGCCUUUGAGAGAGAGUAGGCGUUUACUAAACAUUCUUCCGGCACAACAGCACUUCUAUGAAGCACCAGCCCCGCCUCUGCCCAGCGGAGCACCUGGAGCUACAGUGGCGGCGGUUAGACAGGUGAAGUGCUGCGGCUAGUCGUGUGUCAUCUCCGGCCUCCAGGUCUGAGAGAUUUAAAUUUCUUUCCUGUACCUCUUCGAGCCAAAAAUGGGUGAAGCACCAGCCAGGGAGGAAGGCACAGUGACUCGGUCAGCUGAGUAUAUUGGCUCAUUCCCUGUGGAUGACCGCUGUUUGGAUGAUCAGAUAGAGCUAUUACACAAACAUCUCAAGUCUCUCAAGAGAUGCAAAAGAAGCAGACCAGUGUGUUUGAAGUUCUCCAUCAAGGGUGUGAAGAUGUAUGACGAGGAUGAAACGACCCUGCUCAUGGCUCAUGCUCUGCGGAGAGUCUCGCUGUCCACUGCCAGGCCAGCUGAUGCCCAGUUUGCAUUUGUCUCCCACAACCCGGGCAGCAUUGAAGUCCAGCUCUACUGCCAUGUCUUUAAAGCACGGCAUGCCCGAGCGGCACAGUUCCUGAACCUCCUACUGUGCCGCUGCUUUCAGUUGUCCUACCUGGAGAAGCACCCAGAGGAGGCGCAAGAGUACUCAGCAAGCACUGCUCCUCAGAGAAACCCCUCUCUUCUCAACCAUGGCUUCCCGCUCAGUGUCAGCGCUCUCGUCUCCUUCCGGAGGGCUCCAUUCAGAGGGCUGUUUCCUGGGACGAAGAAGCAUGAGAAACCAAAUGAUGAGAGUCCCGCAAGCCACGACGAAGUCUUUACCUCUUCGCCUUCUCUGGUGCGCAAGAAAGCCAUCCGCACCAAAGUCCUUCGGUCUGGAGCAUACCGUUCCUUCACGUUCACGCCGCUCAAACAGCGCAGAGUCCAAGAGCGACUUGGGGCUUCUCAAGAAAAGGACCUAGACAAGGUUCCAGUGACGAGAUCCCGGGCCCCGAGCUUGGCAGAGACCGAGGAAGCUCUGGCUCAAGCUGUGUGGUGUUGGGAUGGUAUCGCAGCUGACAGCAGCUACUCUCUGCUCGCCGACGAUGUUCUUGGAUCAUAUUUUCUCUGCCUGAAUCCCAAAAAACAAUCCAAGCGUGGCACUCUCAUUGUUCGCUUCCCCUCUGGCCUGAUAACACACCUCAUAGGAAACACCCGCAAAGGAAAGUUUGUGCUGGAAAAGUGCAAGACAGAGUUCGACUCCAUCGCUGAACUGCUGGAACACUACUCCCAGACUCAGGACGGGCUGCCGUGUUUGCUAAGCUGCACUCGAGUGAAUCACUGCUACGAGUGGGAGGAGAAUUCCAGCAAACCCAUAGUCGUGACAAGAUCCAACCAAGGGUGUCACCGAAGGAUAUAAUGGCACGAUCUUUGCCUAUGGACAAACUGGAAGUGGCAAGUCCUUCACCAUGCAGGGUACAUCCGAGAGCACUGCCCAGAGAGGAAUUAUCCCGAGAGCUUUUGAGCAUAUCUUUGAGAGCAUUCAG